UGACAAGUUUCCGUCGACUAGUGCAAACUCAUAACCUUUGACGGUCGCUGUCAUUGCACCAUUUCUUAACGAUGGCUUCAGCGAAUGCAGGCCACAAACUUGAGGAACUCCAAAGCGAGAUCGCUUCGAAAUUUUGCGGUACUGCUCGAAUUGCGCUCAAUUGCAUCUACUUUAGUGCGACGGAUGUGCUCGAUCCCCAGAAGCUUGAUCACCUUGUCGGUAUCUUCCGACACGAAGGAUGCGAUCGGGUCAAUCCAAGUCACUUCCUUGCGGCCACUAUCUCCGCCACUAUGUUGGAAUCCGCACUCGCAUUGUCUCGCCUAUCUCUCAGCGAUCUAAACAACGUUUCGCCUCCUCUGCUUCAUCUGCCCCCUGGGGAGUAGGCGUUGGGUCUGUAUGGCCGCCAUCGGAUUGCUGCAGUUCUGCAAGACGACAGGCUGGCGUCAUGGUGGCCAGUGAAGCUAUAUGCCGAUCUUUCUUCCAAAGCAACGGACAUAUUGAUAGACGAGUACGCCAACGAGGG